UGGAAGAGUCCUUUCUCUAUUCCUCCACCUCCGCGGCUUCUUUCCCACCUUCACCGCACUAAACCCCUCGAAGCUUCGAUUUUUCGUCUCUAUUUCGCCUCUUUUUCCUCGCCAUCGCCUUCUCGGCCUCUCUCGCCCCUCCAUUGCGUUGUUCCCAUGGCGACAUCGGGCUACGAUGGGAGAAUCGGGGGGAAAUUACGGCGACGGCCGUUCCGCAGGGCCGCCGCAACGCCCUACGACCGCCCCCCCAGCGCCGCCCGUGGCCUCACGACCACGGUGCCGGAGCCCGGGGGCGACGGGUGGCUGGCGAAGCUCGUCGAUCCGGCGUCACGAUUCAUCUCGAGCAGCGCGUCCCGGCUCUUCUCGUCCGUGUUCCGCAAGCGGCUCACCUCGCCGCCGGCCGUUGAAACUCCAGGAGAAAACUUACAAUCUAGAGAAAUCGCUGAAGCAUCUUCUGAUGAAAUGUCAGCUGACUUACAGGAAAAUAAAGCUGACAGUGGAAACAAUGCAACAAAUAAUUUUGACAGCAAUAUGUUUUUGGAGUUCGAACAACUUCUGGAGCACAAAACUUUCACAAGGGCUCAGUUUGAGCAUUUGACGGAGAUAUUGCGCUCAAGAACUAUGGAUUCAGAUAUGUCAAAACCUGCAGUUGAUAAUGACAAAGUGGACGAAACAACUGUUCCGCUACCUGAAAAAGAAAUAGAAAGCUCCAUACCACAUGAGGAUUGCAGAACCCCUCCAGAUACUCUAGCCAUUCCUGAUGCUUCACCAGUGGAACUUGCAAAAGCAUAUAUGGGUUCGAGGGUUUUAACAGUACCCCCUCUGGCUCUAAGUUGGCGAAGCCAUCUCUUUCAUGAAUAUAAAAAAGUUCCAACUAGCUUAACAUCUGCUACAAAACCAUUUGACCUGAAAGGUCCAAGAUCUGUUCGAUUUUCUGGAUCUACUGUAAUUCCCGAAAGUGGCUAUCUGACACCAAGAUCUUCUGGUAGAUCGACAAUGUAUAGAAUGACCUGCUCUCCCUAUAUUAAGGGCGAGCGAUCUUCCAAAGAUGACAGUGUUGGAUCUUUGUCACACCGGACACCAGAAAGCACCAGGCAAUUAGGGGGUAGACAGGUUUUCAAACGACGAAGUUCGGUAUUGGAAAGUGAUCUUGGGCCUUUUCUCCCUAUACGUAGUAUUCGUCAAAAGUUGUCUGUGAAGCCUUCUUCAAAGGUGAUGCAUUCAGUCCUUCCUGGAAAUCUUCAUCAUAGUCCCUCGACCCCAUUUAAGAGGGAUGCUCAAGAUGAUUUAUCAGUGAUUCAAAAGCCUAUUUGGUCGGAUGGACAUGAAAAAAGUGGAAACAACAGGAUUUCUAACAACAUUCUUACUCCUGUUUCACCUCAGUCAAGUGAGAUGGAAAAGAAAAUAUUGCAGCAGCUAGAUAAGCUAGUGCCUUCACCGAAGGAAAAAACAUCUAAGCUAAAGUCUAAUACUCUGGAUGAAUCGCUUGAUAAUGUGAUGCAUGCAUCCUUGGGUCAGACACUCAGGAAUGAGGAAAUGUACUCCACCAAAAGCAAAUUUGUUCAAGGCAAUAAUUUGGAUUCUUUCAGGGGUUCCCUCAUGCCAGAUUUCAGGAAUUCUUUAUCUUAUAAACAAGAGACGGCCAGGUUCCCACAGGAGAAUUGCUCCUCAGUGCCAAUUUCAGGAGUCAAAUUAAUGUCUGAAGCCAAUGAUAUGUGUGAUGGUAUUAUAUCUGUCACAGCUGCUAUGUGUGACAAGGCUGCUGCAGAGGCCAUGAUCUCAGAUUCUGUCAUUGUUUCUCAACAUCAGAAGCUAGCUUUUCAGUCUGCUGCACUUAAGGAUACACAAGAUGUGAGUAAUACAUAUACUUCGAUGGAUGCUUCAUGUCCAUUGAAGGACAAAGAUGAGAUGAAGAUAACAGAUAAAGCUGUCCGACCUUCAAUAAUAAGAACUAAUUUGUCUUCCUCAAUGACAUCCACAAGCUUAUCCUCAUCUUCUUCCGACUUCUCCAAGGCAGCUCAUCUGAAGCUUUCUGUUGAUUCGAUUGCCGAGAGUGGCAAGGGUUUCACUUUUCCUUUUGCUACUGCUCCCAGUACUUCUCAAAUACCUCCAACACCUACUAUGCCAAGUUCAUUAGUAAAAAAGUCAGCAAUGCAAAAAGGACAAAUAGAUGCACCCUUGUUUAGCUUUGGCUCCAAGGACUCUAAUAGAGCAGAUUUUUCAUCAACCACAACCAUGAGGAGUUUUAGUGCCACUUCUGGUCCAGGAAAUGACAUAAGCAAUGCCACAGCAUCAGCAAUGGUAAAAGAUUCUGAUGCAGAUAAACACGAAGGUCAGAUAUCCAUAAAUCUGUCAAAAUCAGUUGGAGUUGAUAAUUCUGCAGAUGAAUCAACAUCAAAUAUCCCUGUCGUAUAUUCUUUUGGUUCCUCCCACAAUGAAUUCAUGCCUAAUGGAUCAUUAAAUUUGCCUUCUGCAUCUUCUGCUGUUUCAGUCAUGGCAUAUUCUGGAAGCACUGGUAGCAUGAUUUUCUCUACGGUGACUGCUGUCUCUGCCAGUUCCUUCAGUACAUUUGUUUCGUCUGAAGCACCACCACUUUCCACUGUUCCCUCACUCCAGUUUGGGUCAACAGCCUUUCUGGUUUCUCCCACUUCAGUUUCUCAACCAUUAGAUAAAUCUACUGCAACAGAUUUUGAAGGAAUGCAUAGCAAGGUACCACCAUUCAACACAAACACUGCCAAUCCAGGUACAAGUGCAAAUUACAUGUUUGGAGGCAGCUUUUCCUCUGCAACAAACACUGGCUCUAUUCUGGCAACGUCAACUGUUUCAAGCAUCGGAAACAGUUUUAUUGCUCCUGCUGCAUCAACUCUAUUUUCAGUGGCUGCUGGCAGCCAAUCUGCUCUUGCACCAGCAUCAACAUUUUCUGGUGCAAGCAACAGCACAUUCAAGUUUGCUUCAGCACAAUCUAAUGAUUCAAACCCAUCGGUUGUGGACAACAAUACCAGGGGCGUUGCUGGAAGUGUUGGCACUCAGUCAACUCAGGGUGGAAGUGGAAUCUCACAAAUUUCUGAGAGUUCAUCAAGUCUGUUUGGGCCCUUCUGUUCAUCUCCGACUUUUGGGUCGAAUGUUUUGUCCUCGUCCAGUUUAGGCAGCGCACAGUUUGGGGCAGCAACUACAGGUUUCGAUCUAUUGAGUUCAAGUUAUUUGUUUUCUUCUUCAGUAGGUGCUAAUUCUUCCUGCCUCAGUGCCACAUCUUCCUCUGCACUGGCACCAGCCCCUAGUUUGUUUGGUUCCACCUUCCAAUCAUCAAUAUCAUCUGCUUUUGGUACUUCUUUUGGUUCAAAUGCAUCUUAUUCAUCUACAGGACUUGCAUUUGGAGUCUCAGGUUCUGGUGGUUCACCGUUUGUGUUUAGUUCAUUGUCAGCACCAGCAUUUUCUACAAAUUCUGCUGGUGGUAGUAGUUCAUCAAACUUAUCUGGACAGCCUGUAUUUGGCUCAUCAAGCCCAGCCACUGCUUUUAGUUCUGGGACUCCUAGAAACGAUCAGAUGAAUGUUGUGGAUAGCAUGGUUGAAGAUUGUGCCAAGUCAGCAGGCAGUUUGGUUCCACAAUUUGGCCAACCAAGUACUUCAUCCAGUAUAACAGUAUUUGGUACUCCAGUGACUCAGCCAACUGCUUCCCCAUUCUUUCAGUUUGGUAGUCAUCAGCAGCCCACUCUUCCUCAAAGUUCCCCAUUUCAGGCAUCUGGUAAUCUUGUUGAACAACUUCCUCAAGGAGGAAGCUUUUCUUUGGGUAGUGGUGGUGGCGACAAGUCUGGGCGGAAAAUUGUGAAAGUCAGACGGGAUAGGCUACGAAAAAAAUAGCACAUAUGCCCCCAUAGAGAAAUCUAGCUGCGUAUGCAGAUAUAAUUAAAGUUGUGCGUUGCUGCCGAAGAAAUUCAUGUUUACUCUAUCAUGGCAGGACAUUUGGAGGCAAGAAGCAAGUCUUUUAUGCUUCUUCAGCCAUUGCUGAAUGCCAUAUUGAAGUAAGCUUGCCUUCACGCCAUAUACCUGUUGGCUUCAUUUCUACAAUUUUGGUCUACUUGUAUUGAUCAAUGGCACUGAGAUAUGCUUUCUCUGUGUUGGUAUGUACCUCACUAUUGUAACAUAGAACUUACUAUAUUUCUUUUUGUAUAAUUGGUUCCGUGAAGAGGGUUAUCCUCAUUAGUAUCA